AUGAAUGACUUGUUCAAGUCAGAAUGAAAUAAGGCAUAGAACUCAGCAGAGACCUGCUCGGCUCAGAGCUCAAAAUGCACGGGUUACUUCCACUACCACUGCUCCUGCUGUGAGAGGAAAGUGCUGGGUCAGGAUAUAAAUAUGUUCUGCAGCAGACAACUUAGAGAAAAAGGAAAACCAUGGGGAUUCUACAUCCUCUUGCUCUACACCACCCCCCUGUCCUGUCUAGCAAACUUCAGUCAAGCAAAAGAGAUCAUCUAUGAGAUAAAGGAAGGAUUACCCAAAGGGACUUUCAUUGGGGGUAUUGGAGUGGACUUACAUUUGGAUUUCACAGUUGAUCCCCCCUUUUUAUUUAGUGUUUCGCAAAAGAAGGUCAACGAACAAUAUGUGAACCUACAUAAUACCACUGGGGAAAUCUACACAACUGCUACGGAGAUUGACAGGGAGACCCUAUGUCCUUACAGCACAGUUGGUCUGGCGUGUGUCCUCUCACUGGAUGUGAUUGUGUUGCCUCAGCAGUACUUUCAGCUCAUCAAAGUGAAAAUCUUUAUUGAGGAUGUUAAUGACAACAGGCCAACGUUUCCAACGGAUGAAAUCUCUUUGUUCAUUCCAGAAAACACACAAAUCAACGCUCGCUACGCAGUAGAGCAGUCUGCCAUUGACCCGGACUCGGGCAUCAAUGGAGUUCAGACCUACUGGCUAGUUAAUGACUUUGGCCUGUUCACACUGGAUGUUGAGGAGAACGAGGGAGGUGAGCUGACGCCUUUCCUCAUUGUGACAGAGGUUUUGGACAGAGAGACGCAGCAUGAAUACAUUACUGACAUCAUUGCAGAGGAUGGGGGGACCCCUCCCCUGCUUGGAGCAGCAACUUUAAAAAUUGUCAUCACAGAUGUGAACGACAACUGCCCCAAAUUCACAGAGUCACAAAUUAACGUCACUAUGCAUGGAAAUACUAGCAAAGGGGCACAUUUGGCACAUCUGCAUGCUUUUGACCCUGACCUUGGUGCUAAUGCUCAGAUCAGCUAUGCUUACAGUGAACGUGUGCCAAGGGAUACCCGGAGCUUGUUCCAUUUGGACAAACUCACAGGAGUAAUCAAGCUAGCCCAGAAAAUAGACAUGGUCACAGCCUCAUUUUACAAACUUACUGUUCUGGCCAUUGGCCCCGGAUGUAUCCCUGCUGUCGCAACUGUAACUGUCCACAUCAUCAAAGUGGUUGUUGGACCACCGUCAGUCAUACCUCGGUACAUUGCGCCGGAAAAGGAAGGAGUGCUGGUGAUAAAGGAGUCAGAGCCAGCCUUCUCUCCACUUGCUUUUUUUACUGUCAAAAACAUUGACAAGAACCAAAAGGUGAAUUGUUUUUUGCAAGGGAACGGUCCCUUCAGACUUGUCCCAUAUCAGCAGCUAAAGCAUGAAUACCUACUGGAAACCACUGAACCCUUGGACUAUGAGAAGACACAGAGUUAUGAGCUCAUUGUGGUCACUAACAACACUCAAGGAUUGGUCAUUAAAACCUUUCUGAAAGUGCAGGUUUUGGAUGAGAAUGACAACGCUCCUGUUUUUCAACAGUCUAUAGUGGAAAUAGUAAUUGAGGAAAAUAAUCCACCCAACGCUUUUCUAACUCAACUACAAGCUUCAGACGAGGACAGCGAAGGUCGAGGGGAAGUUAUCUACCUCCUUGGGGGUGACGCGCCUGGGAUUUUUGUUGUUGACCGGAUCUCAGGUGUUCUCACUGUUGCCACAUCGCUUGACCGUGAGGAAAAAGAGAAAUAUCGGUUUAUAGUUAGAGCCGUAGACCAAGGGACACCCAGGAGGGAGUCAAUUGCAACAAUAUUGUUGACUGUUCUGGAUCGCAAUGACAACAGUCCACGUUUCAUCAACAAAGACUUCACUUUCUUUGUCCCUGAGAACUUCCCUGGUUAUGGUGAGAUUGGUGUCUUGUCAGUGACAGAUGCCGACGCUGGAGAAAAUGGCUGGGUAGCCCUGUCCAUCCUCAAUGGCAGCAACAUCUUCGUGAUAGACACAGGCCGAGGAGCGUUGAGGGCCAGGACAUCUCUGGACCGCGAGCAGCAAGGGACGUACCAACUGUGGAUUGAAGCUGUCGACGGUGGGGAGCCUGCACUCUCCUCUGUAACUAUGGUCACCGUAUUGUUAUUGGAUGUAAACGAUAAUCCACCCAUUGUCCUUUUUCCUCAAUCUAAUCAGUCUUACAUGCUAGUGCUACCUAACACAACACCUGGAACAUCAAUCACAGAGGUGUACGCCGUGGACAAAGACACAGGCAUGAAUGCUGUGAUUGCAUAUAGCAUCAUUAAAAGGAAAGGCGGUGAGCCGGGUUCAUUUGCCAUCGACCCUGAUACAGGAAACAUCACCUUAAAGAGGGAGCUCAGCAACAGGGGCCUUUACAGCCUUCUGGUAAAGGUCAGCGAUCAUGGCCAACCUGAGCCUCUUUUCUCAACAGUCAUGGUUAACUUCUUUGUCAAUGAAACAGUGAGUAAUGAGAGUUACAUCCAAAGUCUGCUGACCAGAGAGGCUGACAUAGAGAUAGAGGAGAAGCCCUGGUACACUGGCCAGAUGACAGAUGGCCCUGAGAGGUAUGAGCUGUUCCCCUGUCGGCCCGUGCUCAUUGUUCUCUCAGUGACGUGUCUGGGGCUGUUCUUCGUGGUCGUCGUGCUCACAUCUUACAUCUGCUGCAACAGGUUUAAAAAGAUCAGGAAGAAAAGAUCAGAUGUGGAAGUACCUUUAAAAAUGAAAAAUGACUCUGCACAGUUUGUAAAUAGAAAACUCAGGCAGAUCUCAAACAUUUGAUAAGCGACGCUCCACAUGUCCAAAAACCACUGUUUACAUGAAUGUUUACAAAUCUCAGUGUAAGAAAUGCACCUCUUACAUGAAGUUGUUCUUUUUGUUUUUGCCAUGAGACCAUUAUCACUAAAAUAUACCAGCACUCUGAAUCGGCUUUACCUUUCUGUCAUUAGAAGAGGCAAAGGAACCUAUGUUUUGGUUAAUUUUCAUAAAAUCAUUGUAACAAAGCAACAAGAGCAACAAAUGAAGUUUCCAACCUUUAAUGUAAAUAUUGUAAAGGGUGUUUUGCAGCUUUAUAUCAAACUUUUGCAAGUCCAUGAAAUUGACACAUGAAGGCCUAAGAGUUUUUCCUGUUUAAUCAGUUUUUAAAAAAUGAUCCAACUCUUUCAAUCAGCUGUCACCUUUAUAAAUAUUGUGAAAAAAGUGAUUGUACUUGGAAGUUGUACCGUAGAGACUUAAUAUAUUUAUUUUUCUAAAUAAAGUGUCCAGUUACAUUCACAAAAGCAUCUUUCUAAACCCAGCAGUUACAAAAUCUUAUCAAAAUACUCAUUAAUGGUUUGUCCUAAAAAACUAAUAGGUGUGAUGAUUAAUUAUUUAUUUUUAAAGUCUAAAACUAGACCAAAUAAGAAAACAUUAGUUUAUCUAGAGCUUUUAAUGUUCUCUUUUUCAUUACAUGCAAAAUGCUUAUUGCUAGAAACUGACGGGAUCCUUAUGUAACUCCCCGUUACAGAGAAAAUUUUGAAAGCUCCAGUGAAAUUAGCAAAAUUCUGGUUCAAAAGAGAUAACUUACAUGUUUUGAGAAUAAUGUUCUGAAAAAAGUUUAUUAACAAUUUGCUGUAAAAAGCUCUUUAAAUAACCUCAAUUUGGAGAAAUUUAAUUUAAUUCUGGCCAGAACGAUGAGCUAACUACCAGUCACAAUGGGACCAGUUAAUCAUUUGCACUUUUUGCUAACAAUAGCUCAUCUGCACUGCCAUAUGUGAUUACUUACUUAUAACUUUAUUGUGAUUUACAGCAAAAACAUAUAUUUUUUACGUUCUCAGUUUUCUAUAUUUGUUGCUGAAGUGCUGAGAUUUAAAAAAAACUUAAUUAGAGUAGAAGGAGUCACCGCUUGUCCGGGAAAAGGUGCUGGAUCAAAAAGUGGAAUAAACAAAAUGAGAAUCCGCACACUUCAGUCUGCGAUGUAGGAGUUUAAACUCCUACAUCACAGACUGAAAUGUGCGGAUUGUCAUUUUGUUUAAAAAAACGUAAUUAAAAAAAAGCUAUUCCAUGAACUUUUGUUAAAAAAAAGAGUUUGGAGUUAUUCUAAGAAGAAGGAAACCCACUUUGUGUGAUUAAACUUAACUUUAAUUCUCAAAACCAGGGGUGCCCACGCCUGGUCCUGGAGGGCUGCUAUCCAGCAGGAUUUGUGGUUUCUCUGCUCCGACACACUUGAUUCAGAGGUUGAAUCACCUGUGCAGCAGUUCAUCAGGCUCUACGGAAGCCUGUUAAUCACCUGCUGAUUGAAUUCAGUUGUGUAAAGUUGGGUUAAAACUAAAACCUGCUGGAUAUCAGCCCUCCAGGACCAGGAUUGGGCACCCCUGAUCUAAACUGAGGCUAUUCUUGACAACAGGUAAAAUAACUGUUUAUAAUCUUUCCGUAGAAACCCAUUUCAAAAUAUCUGUACAAUCAUGGUGAGGUCUUUGUAAAGCUAUCACUUCCAUCAAAUUUUCUCAUUUGUAGAAUCACACUGUUUUCAAUGUUUGUUUAAAAUGCAAGUGUUUGUGGAAGAUUACCAGAGAAACUAUUAAAGAUACUUUAUUUUUAUAACCCACUGGAUCAUAUAUUAUAAAUUGUGUUUGUGGUUUGAAUAUCAAAAACAUGUUUUUUUGUGAAAAUGUGUGCCGUAUUUAGAAAGAUAAGUCAUGUCUUCCAUCUAAUAUUGCCUGAGUUUUCCUAAUAUGGAUACAACUUUAUGCUUUGGAUUAGAGUGUAUUUACACAUAAAACAGAUUUCCCAAGUGUGACCUAAACUGAGCAAACAUGAUUCAACUGAGAAAACGACUACCAAUCCCAUCUUUUCAGGAUUGAACCAGUUAAAUAUUGUUGAAGGUUUAAUUUGUGAUUUAUAAUGAUAGAUUAUAUCUAGUAUACAAAUCAGCAGUUGCAUUAACACACAUAAUAAGUGCCAUGAAAUGGUUCAAAACCCUGAAUUAUUGUUGUCAUCACUUAUAAAAAGGUCUAAGCUAAGGAAGUAACAGCCCUGAAGCAAAACAUUGCCCUUCGGUUUCAUGUUUGGAAGGUCAGAUCAACUUCUCCUACCUUCCAGGGGUUGUACGACCAACCACUGAACUCCUAUAGUACCGGUACAUAAUCAUUAAAUGUCAGUGUGAAAGUGGUUGCAACACUUUCUACUGCUGCUGCUUCGAUGCCAAAGGGAUCAUUUGUUCAUUUGCUGUGAAAGCUGUGAAGCCACUAAGCCUUCAGGGCUUUUGCUGUUUUCUUGCUACCUGCGUGCACACUCCCCAGGGAGGAAUUUUGUUGUUUCAAGUAGCAUUGAAACCUGCUUGGCUCACUCAAAAUGGCAAAAAUGCAAACGAGCCGGUGCUCUGAAUGUGAGCAGCU